UGAAUCUAACUUUAUUGAUAGCGGAAGUGAGGGAACGCCGCGACACACGCGUGAGUGCAGCGCAGAUGCUGAAGGUUAAAGCAGCGGGUUUAGCUUCACAACUUCAAUAUUAAAAAUAAAUAAAUAAAAAACACAAAUUCGAUUGAUAAAAAAAAAACUCGGAAAUGGACGCAGUGAAGGCGCAACAGCUGGCGGCGGAACUAGAAGUGGAGAUGAUGUCAGACAUGUACAAUCGGAUGACGGGCGCGUGUCACAGGAAGUGCGUCCCCCCCCACUACAAGGAGGCGGAGCUGUCGAAGGGGGAGGCGGUCUGCCUGGACCGCUGCGUCUCCAAGUACCUGGAUGUUCACGAGAGGAUGGGCCGGAAACUGACCGAGCUGUCGGUGCAGGACGAGGAGCUGAUGAAAAGCAUGCAGCAGCAGGGGGCGGGGCCGCAGUGAUGAGCUCACACACCAGGACACGCCCCCCUCCCGGCUCAGACCACGCCCCCACCCUGACACGCUCACCCAGAGACUCAAUUCAAACUUCUGUCUGCAGGGAUGGCAAUCAGACUCCUGCUGCACAGCAGUGUGAUCCAGUCCUGGUUUCACUGGGAGUUUAAUAAUAAGACAUACCUGAGCUUGUUAGCUAGACACACUGGGGCUGAUCAAGCUGGUAGUAAAACCUGGACUGGGUGACGCUGUCUGUGCGGAUGUGAAAUCUUUCCUUCAGCGAUGAGUGCAGACUGUCCGGAUUGUUGUGUUUUCAUGUGUUCAAGUUCGUUUUUUUCUGUUAUCAAGAACUAUUAUAACCCUCAACAGCACUGGGUUGAGAAACACUAAAAGAAACUUUUCAACGGCAAACGUUUCCACUAGAAGUCUUUCUCGGCGUCUUCAGUGUAAAUUCAACGGCAAACGUUUCCGCUAGAAGUCUUUCUCAGCGUCUUCAGUGUAAAUUCAAUGGCAAACGUUUCCACUAGAAGUCUUUCUCAGCGUCUUCAGUGUCAAUUCAAUGGCAAACGUUUCCACUAGAAGUCUUUCUCAGCGUCUUCAGUGUCAAUUCAAUGGCAAACGUUUCCACUAGAAGUCUUUCUCAGCGUCUUCAGUGUCAAUUCAAUGGCAAACGUUUCCAUUAUUUACGCUGAGAGACUUGUAGUGGAAACGUUAGUCACUGAAUGUGUUCAGUUUCAUUAUUUCUGUGUUCUCUCUUGUAUUGCAGUGGAUCCUGGCUGUUUCAGUAUCAGUUGUUGUGAUGGG